AUGCAGUUUAUUGUGGUCAAACAGGAAAAUCCGCCUCUACACGCAUUCACGAACACCAACUUGCAGGGGGUGACCUCUAGCUGCGCUGUUGAUUUGUUCACGAGCCAUGAUGCCUGCUUCAAUACGACGGAUGCCCAACCUGUUGACUUCAUCGCAGCUGCGGAAUCUGUCAUUCGUGAAGCUCCAAUCACUGAGGAAAACAGAAAUCUGCUACGACAGCGAAUAUCCUCCAGACUCAUGUCCCACAAGAAACGCAAUAUGCUCUCGAAAGCAGAAAACGAAGCACUUCGGACUCUGAAGGCCGACAAAAGCAUUGUCAUACUCCCGGCCGAUAAAGGACGAUCGACGGUCGUACUAAACAAGGAGGACUACGUCAACAAAGUCGAGGCCCUUUUGGGCGAUAGAACUGCCUACAUUCCUUGUGAAGGGGAUAUGACGAAGACUCUAAUGAGCAAAAUCAACAAGGACCUGGCAAGUCUUCGGAAGUCAAAAGCGAUUACACGGCUUGACUGGCAGAGGAUGAAACCAAAGGAUUCCGCGAUCGCGAGAUUCUAUGGUCUACCCAAGGUCCACAAACCAGGAACCCCCCUACGACCGAUCGUUUCUCUAAGAGGCACACCAACGUUUGGCCUGGCUAAGUGGCUGUUCCAGCGUCUGAAAUUCCUAACCCAAGGUUCUGAAACUACCAUCCACUCAGCAGAACGAUUCCUUGAGAAACUGCAAGGUAUUCAACUUACAGAUGACGAAGUGAUGGUAUCUUUCGACGUGGUAUCACUCUUCACUUCCAUCCCACAACAUCUCGCGGUUGAAACUGUGCAAACCUUGUUAGAGCAACGUUAUAACGAGACGGACAACAAACUUAAGAUAAAACACCUUGUCGAUCUCCUGAAACACUGCUUGAAGACCUUCUUCACCUUCAAUGGAGCCACGUACGAACAAGUUAAAGGCACACCGAUGGGGCCGCCGUUAUCCAGCUUGAUUGCUGAGGCAGUGUUACAGCGACUGGAGGCACUGGCUUUUGACCACUACCGACCACGAUUUUGGGUACGGUAUGUUGAUGACACAUUUGUCAUCAUCAAUCGGGACAGGAUUGGGGAAUUCACGCAACAUCUGAACUCGAUCUUCCCAGAUAUCCAGUUCACGAUGGAGGAGGAAAAAGAUUGCCAGUUGCCGUUCCUCGACGUACUAGUCCAGAGAAAAGGCGAUGGGGGACUAAAAACAACAGUUUACCGAAAGGCGACAAAUACCUCUCGUAUUCUGAGUUUUCUCAGCAACCACCCCCUUUCGCACAAACGCAGCUGCGUAAGAACACUCUACCGGCGGGUAGAAACCCAUUGCACAGAGCCAGCCGACAAGAAGGCCGAGGCUCAGUUCCUGAAGAAACUCUUCACCAUGAACGGCUACCCUGGGAAUUUCGUCGAAAAGUGCAGGCGAGAAGCACAGGGAAGAAAAUCGAAGGGGCAGCCGAAACCGAAGUGCUGGCGCGCAGUUCCGUACGUAGCUGGUUUGUCAGAAGAAUACGCCAGACUGGUGAGCGAAUUUGGGAUCGGCGUCGCGCACAGACCUGAAGCCACAAUCCGCCGUCAACUCAUGCAGCCCAAGGAUCCGAUUCCCAUUAAUCAGAAAUCGGGGGUCAUCUACCGCAUAGACUGCAAUUGCGGUCAGGCCAGUUAUGUUGGUGAAACCGGAAAACAGGUCCGCACGAGAUUGCAUGAGCAUGAAUUGGCCGUGAGACGGAAGGAUAAACUCUCUUUGGUAGCCGCCCACGCCUCCUCGCCAGGACACGCCUUUGACUUUGGGAGCGUGAGAAUACUAGGACAGUCAGACAACCGAGUUGCGCGCCUGCUGCAGGAAGCGUGGCACUCAACUGAGGACGCGAUUAAUCGACAUAUCGAUCUGCCAAUCGCCUAUCAAGCACUCCGUGAACAAAUCAACAGCGCAGCUAGAGGUCACCCCCGGCAGAGGUGA